GGCCACUUUUUUGGACGCGGAGACGGAGACGUGUUCAGGCACCAUAGUCAAAGGAAAACGUGGCAACAUUGAUAUCAAUCCAAAUCGUCUCCUUUCACGUCCAAUCCAGUAAAAAUCAAACAUCCACAACAAGGAAGGAAAAAAAAAAAAAAAAAGAGACAAACAAUAGGGUUUUCGAGCGCGCUAUUUUCAGUAGGUUUGAGGUUUGUUGACCUUGUUGACAGUCACCACGCAGUCACCGAGCCAGCGCACACUGCAUCGGUUUCUUUGGGAGACGUGUCCUUCCGGUAUCAUUACUUUGUAGCUGAGUUGGCUGAGUACGAUAGACGUAAAUAUCAAUACGCACACUCGCACGCAACAGCAGGAACUUAGCAGGCGGCCCAGUGGGACCUUACUUUUUCCUCGAGUCCAGCGCCUCGGCCCAAGUGGGAGUGUGCGUCGAUCAGACUGCGGAGAUGCCGGUCAACCAAGACGAGCUGCUCGACUUUCUGUGCCGGCUGUCUGACGAAGAAAACCUACGAGUGACAGUGAAGCAGUGCGCCAAGGGGGGCCUCAUCACGGGAGCCAGUGCCAUGCUUGCUGCCCUCUUCAUGGGGCCCGUGGGCUUUGCAGUGGGUGGUGCCGUGGGCGGGUGUGUGGCAGCUGUGGUAACCCGGGACCAAUUUAUGACAGUCGGCCAGAUCAUCAGCAGGAUGCCCGACAGGCAGAAGGAUGAGCUGUACAUGGUCAUCCAGCGAGUCUUCAGGGACGUCGACAUCACCGAUAUUGUCACACUAGGAGCAGUGCUCUCCGGAGACCUGUACAUGAAGAAGAGGAUUAUUGCUGCACUCAUUGACUACUUCCAGAACCGGAUGCACCUACAAAUUAUUGACUGAAGUCUUGUUUGUGGGGAUAAUGGGUAGAAAGGAAAAAUUGAUUGUCUCUUGUAUAUCGGUGUUGUCUUGUGCAUGUCAGGCUAUGUUGAAUUAUUGGGUCUAUUGCUAACAAUAGGAGGGGGAUGGCAAAACUUACGCUUCUCUUAGAAACUGGUUACCUUAUCCUGAUGCCGAGGCAGGCAGUGAACAAUGACAUCUCGGGUUAUUUUUUGGGGGUGUCCUUUCAGUUGUAAAUUUUAAAGGUGAUGAAUUGAUUGGUCACUAAGGGCUACCCUCAAUUCUCUGUAAGGUCAGCAACAUCUUUUUAAUGCUGCAUGUACUGGUCAUAAUGCUGUUGUAUGCUAAAUGAUGGCCUGUUGCGUGGCAGCUUUGUUAAUUUUAUAAUGCUGAAGGACUCCAAAGCAAUUCACAGCUGGAUUCACUUUUCACCAAUUGCUUUGUAUCAAUUCAAUGUCUGCCAGAAUCUUGAAAGAUGCAACAAAGUAAACAGCAGCCCAUUGUGAGUUGGGAUAUGAAAUUGGUGACAUGCCAUCCCCCAGGUGGUGACAUUGAAUACUCUUACUUUUUUUCAAGAGCUCAUGUAUGACACCUUAGUGUAUGAUUUUUAUUAUGUCAGGUAUUGGGGAGAGUGUGACAGCUACACAAUAUACAGCGUCCGCUUUGCAUCUGCCCGCGCAGGCCUUGACCCACGGAGGAGUGUGCAUGAAAGCCUUAAGGAUGGAUUUGUGAAUUCUGUGCACAAUGUGCCUAGACAUACAAACCAACCAUGUAUGCAUAGGUUGUGUGCAUGUGUGUUUAAUAUUUGGGGUUGUUUUGGGGAAAGGGUGUCUAAAACAACACUAGUACAAAGCAGCUUCAUACUUCAGUGAAAGUAGAAAGUAUGUUGGCUGAAAUGUGCUAGUGAACUAUGCCAGGCAUUAUGCCAAGAAUUUUUCUCAGCCGAUUCAAGUAUUCCUGUUUCUUCCAAAAAUGCAUUUUAUGAAGUUAAUUGCAAAAGAAGAAAACUGAGUAUUUGUUUUCAGACCAAGAAGCAGUUAUUAGCCAGGCCGUGACUGUGUCAAUAGUUUCAGCCACUUGCCAAUGAUUGAUUUUUCCAAAUGUGUUUGAAGGUUGACUACUGUAUGUUCCUUUGAACUUACGAAAAAAAAUAUUUUCAAAAGGAAGUAAAAGUAUGUGCUCCUGAAGUGUACCUGGUACAAGUGUUUGAAAUAUAUCCUUAAGUACCUAUUUUCGUACAAGGUACCACAAGUACUUUAAACAACCCUACAAGUGUCGGGGAUUUCGUAAAAGUGGUUGGCUCAGUUUCAUUGCAUAGUUAUACUUUGUUAACCAGUUGUGACAUAGUAUAAUUAGGCAUGACAAUCAUUCUCUGCAGUGAAAGUAAGCUGUCAGAAGCUGUUCAUUUGAUUGUUGUAUUGCUACAGGGUGUCUUUACAUUAGGCAAUUCAUUCAAUGCAUAUCUUGUUCGUGGAAGACUUGUAGGGACAGAUGGUACAACAAAAUUUCUCCUCUUAUGUAAAAUGACUUGUGGCAUUUUUGCUGAGUUGCAACCAUGUAGGAUUUUAUUCUGAGGGCAUUAUCAAAUGGGCAUUUAGUGUUAUUGUUUUAUGUGAAGCUGUGUCUCUCAACUUUUAUUGUUUGACUAGUCCAGUGUAAUGGUGCCAUCUGUUAGGUGCUGAUGCACCAACUGCAACAAAAACAGUUUGUCAUGUUUACUGCUUUUGAAAUAUGAGGAUCCUGGUGGAGCUUUCUUAGGAAGCAUGCUACGAGUACAAAACUUAGAAAGCAUACUAUACUUUGUUUCACCGUUUAACUUGGCAAAGAACAAAUGUCACGGUCCCCUCCAGCCAUUCAGUGAUGGAGUGAAGCAUUCGACAACUUUUGCAGAACGGGAGCACAGCAACAAUAUUUUGUCACGUGCCUUGUUCCGACGCACUAAUUCGUUUACUUCGCCGUUUGCCAAGAUGCGGUGAAACGAAGUAUAGAGCAUGUCAGUGUGCCUUCAAGCAGUUAGUGUCAGUGCUCAGUUGAGCCUGUGUCUAUCUGUUACUGUAUGGCGACUAAAGUGCUCUUGACAAAUGCUGAUCUCUUACCCCACAGGGCAAUGUUAUUGGAGCUCAUAUACCUGCUUCGUUCACAAACCAGCAUGCCCAGACGAAGGUAGCUCUGUCAGAGCAGGCUCAGGACUACUGUCAUGUUAAUGAACACAUCUGCAGUAUUUGAGACUGCCUUCAUGGCACUGAGGUUCUGCAUAGCCUUCAAAGUACAGGGUACUUGGUUCGAAUCCCGGGUGAUCUCAUUUUCAGGAUAUAUAUGGGGUGUUGCUCAUAGCCUCAGUUUUUUUUACAUGUAAAAAUCUAUACUGUCUGCUAUAGCAUUUGAGUGACAAUCAUACCUUUGCAUUUGUUUUAUCUAGACAAUGUGUAACCAACUCGCCCAAACCUCGAUCUUUAAAAAAAAAAAAAAAAAUGUGUAGCAGAUUUAAG